AGUCUAGCAGAACAGUGAAGCGCACCCCAGCAGGAGCGGGGCGACUGCCUGAGCUGCACAUGGGACUUGGCUGUGGUCCCCCCGAAAGCGCAGCGCAAGAGGCUGCUGGGGGCGUGGCGUGGAGGGCAGCGCCUUGGGAAGGGCGGAGCCCGCAAGAUCCCAGACUCCAAGGCAUGGGGUGUAUGUGGUUCCUGCUGUUGUGGGUGAUCCCCCAGGCGUGGGGAAGCUCUGAUGUCCUGCGAAGGAGUGUCCUCUUCCGCUAUCUCCAGAUCUCCUCCUUCACUAACAGCAGCUGGAUGCGCACUGACGCCUUGAUCCUGUUGGGGGAGCUGCAGACGCACACUUGGAGCAAUGCCUCGGACACCAUCAGCUUUGUGAAGCCCUGGGCCCAGGGCACCUUCAGCAGCCAGCAGUGGGUCCACCUGCAGAAUAUAUUUCGGGUUUUUCGAAGCAGCUUCACCAGGGACAUACAGGAAUUCGCCAAAAUGCUGUCCUUAGAGUAUCCCAUGGAGCUGCAGCUGUCUGGUGGCUGUGAGGUGCACCCUGGGAACGUCUCAGAACACUUUCUCCAUGUAGCAUAUCAAGGAGAAUAUAUCCUGAGUUUCCAGGGAACUGCUUGGGAGCCUGCCCCACAGGCCCCCCAGAGGGUAGAUUUGGUCAUCAAAGUGCUCAACCAGGACGAAGGGACAAAGGAAACAGUGCAGUGGCUCCUCAAUGACAUCUGCCCCCAAUAUGUGAAUGGCCUCCUAGAGACAGGGAAGUCAGAACUGGAGAAGCAAGUGAAGCCCGAGGCCUGGCUGUCCAGUGGCCCCAGUCCUGGGCCUGGCCGUUUGCUGCCGGUGUGCCACGUGUCUGGCUUCUACCCAAAGCCCGUGUGGGUGAUGUGGAUGCGAGGGGAACAGGAGCAGCAGGGCACUCAGAGAGGUGACAUCCUGCCCAAUGGUGAUGAGACGUGGUAUCUCCGAGCAACCCUGGAUGUGGCAGCUGGGGAGCUGGCUGGCCUGGCCUGCAGGGUGAAGCACAGCAGCCUAGGAGGGCAGGACCUCGUCCUCUACUGGGGUGGGAGCCACACCUCUGUGGGCUUGGUCAUCCUGGUGGUACUGGCUUGCCUGGUGCUGUUCUUUGUGCUCAUUCUAGGCUUCUAUUGGAUCAGGAGACACCGCUCCUAUGAAGACAUCUUGUGAGUCUUCUGGUCACUUCCAUGUCUGGAGCCCAAGACCCCAAGUCCCCAGAACUGCAGUCUUUGCCUGCUUAGGAAUGGAGGAUGAAUGGAGAGUUAACCUGGAGAAGUAACAAAGAAAAGGGUCAUCCACAUCCUUUCAAUGUUUAUCUAAAGAGUUCGAGUCCUUUUUCUUGUAUGACAAGUUUUUAAGCCCAAGUGAUUCUGUGCAAACAGGAGCCCCAACUCCUCUGAUGACCUGCUGGCAAUGAGCAGGUAAGGGCUGGGGUAGCAGUGCUCUUGUUGGCCAUAGAGUGACAUGGUCUGUCCUGAGCUGGAAAAACGUGUCCUUUGCAAAGGUGGUAGCUGCAGUGGCCAGCUGUCAAGUACCCAGUCAAACUCUGGCCUGAUUGCAGCCUAUGUUUCUCCCGAAAACUGGAAAUCUAGAAUUUUAUGACAUGUGAUUUAAAAAGUUAACUUGUCUUUGGAUAAAAUAUUCUUUGUGAUAAAUAAGCAUUGCUGACUGGUCCUAUCUCAUGUGCACCAAUAUCAUGUCUCUUUUCCCUUUUUCAAGAUCCAUUUUCAACACCCGUUUACCACGAAAAAUUUUCUGAAUCAUGAAGAACUGACAUAUAUCUGUUCUCCUGAGCACCCUCCUUAUAAAAUCUUAUUAGUGUUGCUAACAAACAAACUUGAAUAAAAUAAACUUAAAGUAUAAUUUGAAUACAAGAAGGGGUUCCUAUAGUUCAACGAAUUAUACUAAUAUCUACACCCAUGUAACUUCUUUCCCAUCUUCCCAGAGUUCACAGAAACUUUUCAGUUCCCCAAAGUCUGUGAUUUCUCCUUGUUAAUACCAGCAUGAGUUUGUGUUGAUCUACAUUCUACUUCUUUUUGUUUUACCAGUCUGAUAAUUUGAUAUAAAUGGAAUGGAAUGUUUGUGUUCUUCACUUGACACAAUGUGUGUUGAGACUCAUCCAUGUUCCAUUUAUCAAUAGUUCCUUCCCAUAUACUAAUACUUACGGAUUAAAGGAAUCACAAACUUUGGUGAUUUAUAAUGCUGGGCCAUCAGGAAUGAAGCUGCUCUGAACAUUUACGCAGAGUCUUUGGGCGCCCUUGGUUUUCCUUAUCUCAAGUAAAUCCUGAGAAGUGGAACUGUGAAACUGAAUAGUAAAUGUGUUUCAGUUUUUUAAUCUAUUGGUUAUUUAAAAAUACAUUGUGUGUUGGGCUGGGGAUGUGGCUCAAGCGGUAGCGCGCUCACCUGGCAUGCGUGCCAGCUGGGUUUGAUCCUCAGCACCAUAUACAAACAAAGAUGUUGUGUCCGCCGAAAACUAAAAAAAUGAAUAUUAAAAUUGUCUCUCUCUCUCUUUUAAAAAAAAUAUAUUGUGUAAUUAUCAAAUGUUUGCUGUAUUUUAUGGGUAUUUUAGUCAUUGGCUUUCUGUUUGAUUCCCCAAAUAUAUUUUGUGUGGUUUUAAUCUUUUGAAAUCUGUUGGAAGUUGUUUGCUAUCUGCAGUCUCUCUCUCUGAAUAUUCCAUGUGCACUGCAAAAGAAAGUGUUCUGUUGUUGGGUGGACUGCCUUAUAAAUGUCAGUUAGGUUGUUCUCUAAAUCUUCUAUAUCCUUACUAAUUUCCUGUCUACCUGCUCUGUUACUUAUUGAGACAUGAGAGUUGAAAUCUCCAACUAUAUUUGUGGAUGUAAAUGUUUUCCCUUUCAUUUCUAACUUUUUGUUGUAUUUGCUCCAGGUUUUUUUAAGUUGUGUUAUUAAUAUAAAAUCAGUUUUUUUUGGUUGACUGACCCUUUUAUCAUCAUUAAAUGAUUUCUUUUAUGUCUGAUAUUUCUUGUCCUGAAUUCUACUCUGAUAUUAAAAUCGUCACUCUUUCUUUCUUUCUUUCUUUCUUUCUUUCUUUUAAAUAGAUGAACAUAGUACUUUUAUUUUAUUCAUUUAUUUUUAUGUGGCGCUGAGAAUCGAACCUAGGCAAGCGCUCUACCUGUGAGCCACAACCCCAGUCCUCUUGCUUUCAUUUAUCAGGUUUUUUUUUUUUUUCAAUAUUCAUUUAUUUUAGUUCUCGGCGGACACAACAUAACAUCUUUGUUUGUAUGUGGUGCUGAGGAUCGAACCUGGGCCGCACGCAUGCCAGGCGAGCGUGCUACCGCUUGAGCCACAUCCCCAGCCCCAUUUAUCAGGUUUUGUUAAGUGUAUCUUUUGCCAUCUUCUGCUUUAACCUAUCUUUGUUCUCUUUACUUAAUUUUUCAUUUAUUUAAUAUUUCUUUACUGAUAUACAUGACAGUAGGGUGUAAUUCGACACACACACAUAAAAUAAUUUUAACAUUUUCCACUUAGGAUCCCAUUAUUGUGAUUGUACAUGAUGUGGGGUUACAUUGGUCAUUUAAUCAUAAAAAAGAUAGGAAAGUCAUGUCAGAUUCAUUGUACUGCUGUCUUUGUUCUUAAAGUGUGUUUUCUGUAGACUGCAGAGAGUUGUAUUUUACCUUUUUAUUCUAUAUGACAAUCUGAUUUUUUAAUGAUUGUUUAGACCAUUUGCAUGUGAUGUGUUGUAUUAAAGCAAUAUAAUUUUUGGGUAUGGUUUAA